AUGCUGUUCUCAGUGCUUGCAUUUGCAGCCCUGCUGCUGCCGACCCACGCCCUCUACUUCUACAUUGACGGCCCCUCCCAAAAGUGCUUCUUCGAAGAGCUCCCCAAGGACACCCUGGUAGUUGGCCACUACACCGCCACACAAUGGAACGAGGCAUCCCGCAGAUACGAAGCCAACCCUGACAUGGGCCUCUACAUCAGCGUCGACGAAAUCUUUGACAACGAUCACCGCAUCGUCUCCCAGCGCGGCAACGACAAAGGCCGCUUCACCUUCUCCGCCGCCGACUCUGGCGACCACCGCAUCUGCUUCACCCCCACCAACGUCCCUUCCGCUCAAGGCUGGCUCACCGGCGGCUCCUCAGCCGGCAACAUCAAACUCGAAGUUGACAUGGCCAUUGGCGAGACCUCGCGCAUCGAGAGUGACGACAAGCAUAAGCUCAACGACAUCGUGUCCAAAGUCAAGGAUUUGAAUGCUAGACUUACCGAUAUUAGAAAGGAGCAGGUUUUCCAGAGAGAGAGGGAGGCUGAGUUUAGAAACAUGUCCGAGCACACCAAUGCUCGUGUUGUGCGUUGGACUCUGGUGCAGCUUGCUAUCUUGGGUGUUACUUGUGCAUGGCAGCUUUCGCACUUGAGAAACUUCUUCAUCAAGCAGAAGCUCACUUAG